ACCCUGACCUUGUAAGUAUCAUCCGCAACACAACACAACACAACACAGAUGGCUGUCUCUUCUAAAACCCACACUCAACUUUCUUCACAUCAUUCUCUUCACUAUCAUACCUACUAUACCCAUAAUCUCUCCAAACCAAAUCAAACUCUCUCAAUUCCAUCAAACCCCCAUACCAAAUACUCCCUUACUAAAAAAGCCCACAAGAUAUCAUCAUCAUCAUCAUCAUUCACUACUGAUUCAAUCAACACUGAUGACCCCAAUUCCCUCAUUUCUGACCUCUGUCUUCAUGGCAACUUAAAACAAGCUAUAGCCCUGUUAACCACUAUGCAGAAAGUUCAUAUCUGUAUAGAAGAAGAAACUUUUAUUUCAGUUAUCGAUCUCUGCGAACGAAAGCGAGCAGGGCCCGAAAGUCGUCAAGUUUAUUCUUUGAUUAAAGAUUCCAAUACCCUUUUGAGUUUGAGACUUGGGAAUUCUUUGUUGAGUAUGUUUGUUAGGUUUGGUGACUUGGGUAAUGCAUGGUAUGUGUUUGGUAAAAUGUCUGACAGAAAUGUGUUUUCUUGGAAUGUUAUGAUUGGCGGGUAUGCUAAAUGUGGAUACUUUGAUGAGAGUUUCGACUUGUAUCAAAGAAUGUUGUGGGCUGGGAUUCAGCCCGAUGUGUAUACUUUUGCUAGUGUGUUGAGGAGUAUUGGGGCGGUACGUAGUUUGGAUAGGGGGAGAGAGGUUCAUGUUCAUGUUUUGAGAUUCGGGUUUUGGCUGGUUGUUGAUGUGUGUAAUUCUUUGGUUAGUAUGUAUGUAAAAUGUGGAGAUGUGUCUACUGCAAGGUUGGUUUUUGAUAGAAUGAGUGUCAAGGAUACGAUAUCUUGGAAUGCAAUGAUUUCGGGGUAUUUUGAAAAUGACGAGUGUUUGGAAGGGUUGCAACUGUAUCUUGACAUGCUUGAGUGCUUUGUGGUUCCGGAUUUAAUGACCAUGACUAGUGUGAUAUCUGCGUGUGAGUUUGUUGGUGAUGAGAGGUUAGGAAAAACCGUUCAUGGGUAUGUUACAAAACGUGAGUUUAGAAAAGACGUUUCCAUUGAUAACUCGUUAAUACAGCUAUAUUCUAGUGUGGGAGCUUGGGAAGAAGCGGAAAAUCUUUUUACCCGAAUUGAAUCAAAAGAUGUGGUAUCAUGGACAUCCAUGAUUUCUGGUUAUGAGAAAAACGGGCUACCUGAAAAGGCUGUGGAAGUAUACAAGAAUAUGAAGAUAGAAGGUGUUGUGCCUGAUGAAAUCACUAUUGCUUGUGUUAUCUCUGCGUGUGCUUCAUUAAAUCUCUUAAAUAUGGGGGUCGAGCUACAUGAGUAUGCUAGAAAGACUGGACUAAUUUCACACGUCAUUGUCUCUAAUUCUUUAAUCGAUCUAUACUCCAAAUGUAAACUUAUUGAUAAGGCUUUGGAAGUCUUUCAACUCAUUCCCAACAAGAAUGUCAUAUCUUGGACUUCAAUAAUCCUCGGUCUACAUACGAACAAUCGGAAUCUUGAGGCUCUUACUUUCUUUAGAAAGUUGAAAGCUAGCUUAAUCCCAAAUUCAAUUACUAUAAUUUCUAUCCUUUCUGUAUGUGGUAAAAUAGGAGCUUUGAUGACCGGAAAGGAGAUACAUACGUACGCCUUAAGAAAUGGGCUAGGGUUUGAUGGAUAUGUUCCUAAUGCACUUCUUGACAUGUAUGUGAGGUGUGGAAGUAUGGAAACCGCAUGGAACCAAUUCAAUUCACGACUUCAAGACAUCAUUUCUUGGAAUAUAUUGUUAACCGGCUAUGCUGAAAGAGGAAACGGGCAAGGCGCUAUUAAGUUAUUUAAUAAAAUGGUAACAUUAGGUGUAGAACCCGACCCUGUUACAUUUAUUUCUUUAUUACGUGCUUGUGGUAGAUCUGGGAUGGUAGAAAAUGGGUUAGAGUAUUUCAAGAGUAUGAAAGAAAGUUACGGAAUCGUUCCCAAUCUCAAACAUUAUGCUUGUCUAAUUGAUUUACUAGGACGGGCCGGAAAACUUGAAGAAGCUCAUCGGUUCAUUAAAAAUAUGCCUAUAAAACCUGAUCAGGCAAUAUGGGGAGCGUUGUUAAAUGUGUGUAGAAUCCAGAGGCAGGUUGAGUUAGGCGAACUUGCUGCAUGUAAUUUGCUUGAUAUAAGUGAAGUAGAAAGUGUUGGGUAUUUUACACUUUUGUGUAAUUUUUAUGCUGAUACAGGCAAAUGGGAUGAAGUUGGCCGGUUAAAAAAGCUAAUGAGAGACAAGGGGGUGACAGUAGACCCGGGAUGUAGUUGGGUGGAAGUGAAGGGAAGUAUUCAUGCGUUUCUUACCGGUGAUCAAAGUCAUCCUCAGAUGCAAGAAAUAAGUGCAGUUUUGGAUGGUUUUGAUGAGAAAAUGUGCUGCGAUGAGUUUAAUAGAGACUUGGUUGAUGCUUCUAAAGCGGAUAUUUUGUGUGGACAUAGUGAAAAAUUGGCCAUUGGAUUUGGGCUUAUAAAUACUGCUCCUGGCAUGCCUAUACGAGUAACGAAAAAUCUGUAUAUGUGUCGAGAUUGUCAUGAUAUGGUAAAGUUUAUCUCCAAAGUUGUUAGAAGAGAGAUUACUGUUAGGGACACUGAAUGUCUACAUCUUUUUAAGGACGGUGUGUGCUCUUGUAGAGAUGCUGGUUAUAAGCCAAAAACUUCAUUAUGAAAGAAAUAACCUUGUGAUAUCACAAAAUAAUCAUAGCAUAAUUUCAUACCUGUAGGUAUUCAUUGCCCUGCAUAUGUAUAUCUUGGUGUCUCCAAACUGUUAUUACCACACAUAGAAGGGAUGUAUGGCUGAAAUUUAUCCAUAUUUCAGUUACAUUGUAGAAUGGUAUAAUCUGAACUCAAUAUGAGAUAGUGUUGCAUCAAGAUUAGCUACCGGGAUCACUUCAAACUUCUUUGUAGCUAAUUAGAAUAUGCAAGCUACAAUUUUAGUUUCUAUCAAGCUACUCCGUUCAGGAAAUUGUGUAGUUUCUUGCAUUAGCUCUUACAGAUGCCAAUUCACUGCAACUUUUAUAGCCUUCCUGUACUUGUCUGGUAUGAAGCAACCCAAAGGAGGGGGGAGGGGGUCCGGGUGCUCGUUGAAAUUGGUUAACAGUUGGUUUUAUUUAGUA